UUUGAAAACAAGGGGCAGUUUUCUCGAUAUCAAAGAGGACCUUUCGCUGCGAUUUUCGCUUUUCCACAACAUUACGAACCUAACCGCAAAAUAUUUGUAGAUUAACUGAUUAAGCGAUCCAGGCAUCGAACAGGUUUAGUAGUGUCCGGACGCGCUAAUUGAUUGUCUGGCAGGUGACGAAACGCUGCUGGCAGUUUUACAAUUUUACAACUGGUCCAAAUCGAAAUAGGGCGGUCAGAAGCCGGAUAUCGGCGUAUGCCAACGAUAAAAUUCGGGAUGCUAGCCAGUUUGGAUUAUAAUAUUUCGAUAUGGUCAAGCGGAGUGUUGUUCGUUGGUGCAUCUUGCCACUAAUGAACAAGCCGAAGUCAUAAUUUUGUUAUGGAAUGAUGCUGCCGAUCAUGAUUUGCAAGUCCGUUUAAACUAAUCGUUCCCUGUGAAUUAGCAAAUUCCCUUAGAAAAUGGUUCGAAUUUGCAGCGACCCGUUUUGGAACGGGACUUUGGCGUGGUAUGUGGAGCAGCCGGACUUCACCAACUGCUUCGAGCAGAUGGGUUUAAUUGCUAUGUCCUGCCUGUUUUUGUGGCUGUGCAUACCGGUGGAAAUCUACAAGGUUAUGACGGACAAUACACGACUUGGACGAUGGACAAAGAUGACGAUAACCAAAAUGGGGCUAUGUAUUAUUCUGGUCAUCUUGGAGCUGAUGGAUCUCGGUCAUGCUGCCCAGGUUAUGGUACACUUCGGUACGGAUUCACUGCCGGCAGUCAACCUUAUAUCGCCGCUCGUGCAAGUUUUUACCUUUGUGUUGGCCAUGGUGUACAUCGAUCUCGAUCGACGCAAAGGACGCAUCUCCAACGCCAUCCUCUUUAUCUUCUGGUUUCUCUUAUCCGUUGCCAGCGUCAUUAUUUUGCGGACUAAAAUUUUGCGUGUAUCUGGAAAGCUACCGCAAAGCCGGGAUGAUGUUUUCGGGCUGUUUACCUACGAAGUAUUCUUCCCGAUUGUCAUUGUUCAGCUUAUUUUAUCUGCACUGGCCGACAAUUAUCCGGAAAGAUUCGAGAACUGGACCAAGAAUCCGUCUCCUGAACAAAGCGCUUCGUUCCUGAACAAAGGGGCCUCUCACUGGAUUACCGCGCUAAUGAGAACGGCAUGGAAACGGCAAUUGUUAAAAGAGGAUAUUUGGGAUUUGUUACCGGAAGAGCGCACCGAGUAUCUGGACAAUGAGCUGACCAAGGCGUGGCGCAAAGAAAUCACUGCGGCAACCGGAGACGAAAUGUACUUCAGUGAUGUACCCUCGGAAGUCAGCAGCCUCAUUGGCAGCGCCAGCGGUAACCGUCCUCAGGAUAAGCCGGAUAAAUCCUCCAGCAGUCGCACCAAAAUUCCGUCGCUGGUGUCCGCCCUUUACAAAACAUCCUGGCCGCUUUUCUGGAGAUCGGCAUUAUUUAAAAUUGGUCACGAUGCCGCUAUGGUUAUCAUUCCAAUAAUAGUCGGUCAGCUUAUCCAAUUUACGGCCACUCCUUCCAUAUGGUCGUGGAAAGGUUAUGUACUGGCGACCAUCUUGUUCUUGAUGUGCGCUAUACAGAGCAUCUGUUUCGGGAUGAUGAACAUUUCUACGAGCCGCUGCGGUAUGCGGCUUCGCUCAGCUCUGUCCGCAAUGAUCUAUCGAAAGGCGCUAUUUCUGGCUAAUUCUUCCAAACGGCAGUACCGUGUCGGGGACGCUUGCAACAUGUUAACAGCCGACACACAGCGCAUCUCCGACUUCCUCUACUAUUACCAUUAUGUCUGCGUGACGCCGAUAACCGCCGUCAUGAUAAUGUACAUCCUGUGGCAGUAUGUCGGAGCGGCUUCCUUGGCCGGCUUUUUCACAUUGUUUUUCAUCGUCUUAUUCAACUUUAGCCUGGUGGUCAAAGCCAGAAAACUGGAGGGAUCCGCUGUCAGGCAGAAAGAUAUACGUAUACGCCGCAUUAACGAGAUCUUCGAUGGAAUUAAAGUUCUGAAGAUGUAUGCCUGGGAAACGCAGUUUCAGGAUCAGAUCUUGCGAGCUCGGGAAGAGGAGUUGACGUCGCUGACAAAAGCCGGUUACCUGACGACAAUCAACCACGCCCUUAUUUUGGUGGCCUCACCGCUGGCGUCCCUGACGACCUUUGCUACAUAUGUCUACGUAUCGGGCUACCGCUUAACACCUAAAAUCGGCUUCGUUACGCUGUUACUCCUGUUCAGCCUGCGAUAUUCCUUGUAUUUGUUGCCCAUCGGCACCACUUUGCUCGUUCAGGCAAAAAUAGCUUGUAAUCGCUUACGGGAUUUCUUCCUGGCGCGCGAACUUGACCCCGACAGCGUGGACCGUACUUCCAGACCGUCUAGCCCGCACAGCUCGAUGAUAAUGAUCGUGGGGGGAAAUUUCUCGUGGAAUAGUCGCAGCGCUGCGGGUCCAGGACUGACGCUUAAAAGUCUGAACAUCGAUAUUAAACACGGGGAACUGUUCGCCGUGGUGGGAGCCGUUGGCAGUGGAAAGUCAUCGUUUCUGGCCGCCUGUCUGGGCUUGAUGGAGCGUAUUUCCGGAAAGGUCACCAUCCGGGGCUCCGUUGCCUACGUCACCCAGCAAGCCUGGAACCAGAACAUGACCAUGCGGGAUAAUAUCCUCUUUGGAAGACCCUUUGAUGCCGAAAAGUAUGACAGAGUGUUGGAGUGCUGCGCACUCAAGCCGGAUUUGGAGGUGCUGCCGUCUGGUGAUCAAACGGAGAUCGGCGAAAAGGGUAUCAAUCUCAGCGGCGGACAGAAACUGCGGGUGACACUGGCGCGUGCUGUUUAUUCUGACUGUGAUCUUUAUUUUUUGGACGAUCCUCUAAGCGCUGUGGAUGCGCAUGUGGGCCGACAUCUUUUCGAGAAUGUCAUUGGACCGGAAGGACUUCUGAAAGACAAAACGCGAAUUUUCGUUACGAAUGCCAUCAACUGGUUGCCGGAAUGCGAUACCAUUGCGUAUUUGGAGCAAGGGCGUAUUUCGGAAAUGGGCUCGUACGCUGAAUUGAUUGAUAACGACGAACGCUUCAGUGAUUUCCUCCGGCAGUGCAAUAUAGAAAAAAGCCAAGUGGAAGAAGAACCUUCCCUUGAUGACGAAGAUGACCAAGAGGACAUUACGCCAUAUCGCAAUCGCGCGUCAUCGGUGCGCGAACAAAAACCGAUGCGCCACGACGAAGAACUCCGUCAACUGCAGAAAGCAUCGCUGCGCAAUGUACCGGACGGCAACAUCACGCAUACUAUGGAAGACCCGGCCACUGGUUCCAAAUCGAAGCAGAAGACCGUCGACGAAGGUAGGCUGAUCGCCACGGAGCAAUCGUCCACCGGCGGCAUUCCCUGGUCAACGUACUGGCAUUUAACCAAAGAGAUGACAUUUUCCAUGACCUUUCUCAUGUUCUUCGGAUACACGGCGGCCAAUGCGUUAUUUCUCUACUCUAACAUGUGGGUGGCCACAUGGACGCAGACCAACACCACCAAAUCGGAUGGGUCCUUUGAUUGGGAAGCGACAAAUUACGAAGUGGGGAUCUAUGCUCUUAUUGCUUUCAUACAGCUGAUUUUCGCCGUGAUGGGAUUGUACGGUAUCUCUGCCGCUCUCAUUCGAGCCGGACGUUCUAUGCAUAAUUCCAUGUUGACACGACUGAUGCGCGCACCGAUGUCGUAUUUCGAUACCACACCGCUGGGACGCAUUGUUAAUCGCUUCAGCAAGGAUAUCGAUACCAUUGACAGUGCCAUACCGAUCCAGUUGCGCUUUGUGAUGAACGCCUUCUUUCAGGCCAUUGUCUUUGCCCUUUUGGUUCUCAUUGUGUUCCCAUAUCUUACCAUAUAUGCCAUUGCGCUCUUCACUGUGGCAUACUGCGUGAAGGUCUAUUACACGUCCACGGCCUUACAAUUAAAACGGCUAGAUGUCCUGUCGCGAUCCCCGUUGAUCUCCAGUUUGCAGGAAUCCAUGGCCGGAAGUUCGGUUAUCGCGGCCAUGCGGCAAAGUGAUCGGUUCAUACUGGAGAAUCGCCGAAAAAUCGACCAUGUCACCGCUGUUGCCCACUGCAGUAAUGCAUCGGUUCAUUGGAUGAUGCUGGUCCUGAUGCUGUUAUGCAAUACCCAAACGUUUUUGGCUGGCAUUUUUGCCGUGUAUGGACGGGAUAACUGGGGAUACAGUAACACGCCGGCGUUUGUCGGUCUGGGAUUAAUUGGAGCCAUUUCCCUAGCGCUGCUAUUUCCCUGGUGGGCGCAAAAUAUGUGUGAUUUGCAAAAUGCACUGCUUUCUGUGGAGAGGCUACACGAAUACUCUAAUACGCCGACUGAGGCUCCGACCGUUGUGCCCAAUAAUCGUAUGCCAUCAAGAUGGCCGUACAGUGGGAAUAUUGCCUUUGCAAAUUACCAAACUCGUUAUCGCGAAGGACUAGAGCUGGUGCUGGACGGGGUCACUUGCACGAUCAACGCUGGAGAAAAGAUUGGCAUCGUGGGCCGUACGGGAUCCGGGAAGAGUACCAUGACCUUAGCGCUGCUGCGUAUGAUUGAGCCGGCAGGAGGAGCCAUCUAUAUUAACGGCACCGAUAUAUCCACAAUUGGACUGCAUGAUUUGCGCUCGCGUAUUACCAUUAUUCCACAAGAGUCGGUGCUGUUCAGCGGGACUUUGCGGAUGAAUCUCGAUCCAUUUAAUCAGAGCAGCGAGGAGCAGAUUUGGAAAGCGCUGGAGCAGUCGCGUUUGAAGCCGUUUUUUCAAGCUUCACAGAGCGGACUGUUUUUCAAAGUCACAGAAAACGGUGGAAAUUUGAGCGUGGGACAACGGCAGCUACUAUGCCUCGCUCGUGCUUUGCUUCGACGGUCAAAAAUCCUCAUUCUGGAUGAAGCGACAGCGGCUAUUGACUUCGAAACCGAUAAUUUUGUUCAGGAAGUUAUUCGUCGGGAAUUUGAGGAAUGUACAGUUAUUACAAUUGCGCAUCGUUUGAAUACGAUUAUGGAUGCGACACGUGUGAUAGUAAUGGAUGCUGGAAGGAUCAAAGAAUUCGAUACGCCUGCAAAACUUUUAGAAAACCCUAACAGUUUGUUUUAUAAAUUGGCCAAAGAUGCUGGACAACACUGAUCGACACACAUGAUAUUACUUCUCAUUUUUUUUACUUCUUUCAUAAAUUACAGUAUGAAUGCCUCUGAUAAUGGCGAGUGAUUCGGCAUUUGGUGAAGUAUUAGAACGAAAAGAAAACAUUUAAACGAAUACUGUACAUUUAAAAAUCGAUGUAUCAUGUCAGGACCAAUUCUGGACACACAUGAUAUUACUUCUCAUUUUUUUUACUUCUUUCAUAAAUUACAGUAUGAAUGCCUCUGAUAAUGGCGAG